GAAAUUGCGCCGAAGAUGGUCAAAGAUCGAUUGAACGAGUUACUAGAGAAAAGUGAAUUCAAGGACUGGGAAGACACCUUCGUCCAGAAGCAUGAUCUCAAGAUACUGCACAACCAGAAGCAGAUCUUGCAGGAUCUGAAGCAAUUUUCAGAAAUCUCCAGAUGGAUUGAUGACUUGCGGCAGAACAUCUUCGACAUAGAGGUGAACCUUUUCGCUGAUGAGAACGACAACGACGACACUGGUUCGGUCAAUGUCAGUCAAAGGCUAGAUGAGAACGCCAACUUGUGCUUCAAAAUCUUCAAUGCCGUCAAACGACUGCAGGAGGAUCUGGACAAACUGAAGCAGCAGCAACAAAACGAUGACACGGAAGAGGAAGAGGGCUUGGUGAAUCUCGUGCGAAGUACGCAGUUCGAUAACAUUAAGACUGCCUACAUUGAUGCGUACUGGAAGUACAAUGCGGUGGUACGCCGCUACGAGGAUGAAAUCAAAGAUAAGAGCUUGGUCGUGUCAUCGACCGAGGACCUCACCACUCUACCACCGCCAUGCGGUGACGACGACAACACCUCGGAUCCAAUGCUGCCUGAUCAGGAUAACCUCAACCAUCUUCAAACAUUCGCCACCGUUGACGAGACUCGUGGCACUCUGGACGCCGUUGUGGAUCGGCACCAGGAGCUGGUAUCGGUGGAACAAUCCUUGCUCGAAAUGCGGGACCUGUUCGUCCUGUUCUCAACCCUGGUGAUGGACCACGGUAGUAUACUGAAUUUGGCCGAGGGGUACGUUCAGGUGGCCUCGGAACAUGUGGCCAAAGCGGCAGAGGAUAUCAAGCAGGCUCGAAAGUACUACACCCGGUCGAACAAAUACAAAUGGCUCUGCUUCAGUAUGACCGACUGUUUGUCGGUUGUGCUGGCGAUAUUGAUAAUGAUUGCGGUGUGUAUGGCAGUAAAGAUAUUCCUGCUUUGA